AUGUAUUCCAAAAGAAAUGAACUUCCCGUAGCAGACUUUCUCUCAUCCAGGGAAACCUACGAGAAAUACGAAAGGCCACGUAGCGGUACUUUUAGUCCUGUGCCUAUUUCACUUGCGAGUGUCACACCUGUAACCUACCUCAAUGAAUAUAAGGUUGUUACACGGACUCCGGUACCUCAAGAUGAAAUAAUGGUGCAAAUGCCAUAUGAAAAAAUUAUCUCAAAACAAAAUUUACAAACUCUAACAAAAAAGCGAAUACCAUUUGGUCGUGUAGUAGCAGCUGCUAUUGCUAUACCAUUAUUCAUUAUGUUCUUCUUAUUCAUCGCUAUAUGGUUUCAAGAAUUGGGUUUCAUUUGA